UAUCUCUACUCAAUCUCGAUUAUAUUAAAAAGUGAAAAUGUUCAAACUAUCGGAACUGGUUAAAUGGCUCGGAUUGUCCGAAUUCGAGAUUUUCACAAAUUUAUUAACUUUAUGGAUUUUUACGAUGCUGCUGUCGAUAAGACUGGGCGGCUAUCUACCCGAUCUCGAUUGGUUCGGUAUAUUUUCGCCAUUAUUUUGCAGCGAUCUGGGCAAUGCAUACUUUUGUGUAAUUGUCGGCAUUCGAAUGUUUUUGAACAACGAUAACCGGCGCAAGUCAUUCAAUCGGUUCUUUUGGUCGUUGAAAUUUUUGAUAUUGACGGUCGUUUUUAAGUAUUUACUUUGUAGAAAAUUGUCGGGCGAACAGAAUUUGGAUUACUUUGAAGUGUUUGCUCCGUUAUUUGUGUUACUUCAAUUGAUUGCUGUGCGAGCGUGUCAACUUUCCAAUGCGAAUUGAAAGCAACGGUCGUUCGAAAGAUAAACUGUUUAUUGAACUGUACAUGAAGAUUUUAUAAUGGAAAUUAAAAUUAAUUUUUCUAAAAA